UCAUCAAUCAGUGGUUGGUCGUUCAGGAGUUGCCACACGUUCACAGGCCCAUGAAUCCAACACACACCCGACACGCGCGUACAGUACGGCAGCGAAAAAUCGAGAGGGAGAGGGAGAAGUUGACGAGGUAGGUAGAGGGACAGGGAGAGCAAGAGGGAGAGAGAUGAGACAUAGAAAGAUGAGACAUAGAGACUAGAUAGGUUAGAGAGACCGAGCCCCACUGCAUUCCUCAGGCCACACAAACAAGGAAUCUCACGGACAACACCUAAAAUGUCUGGCUCACGCGUCUCACACACAAGCAUCCCCUCUCUCUCUACUGUUGGAAUGUGGUCUGAAAUGGCGCCUCCUCCCCUGACUUGGCGCCCCUGGUGAUAUCUGGCUCGACUGCCUCAAGCACGAGAGUCCAGUCGGGCGUGCCUACCCGCCUUGCUACUACCUUGCCGUCGUUGCGGACAACUAGGACUAUCCCCUCCUCCUUGGCCUUGCCCGCACCCUGACGCUCCGCGUCUGGUGUGCACACAGGGCAAGGGAGGGAGGGAGGGAGGGAAGACAACCAAGAGAGUGUGUGGACCUGUCGGCCUGUCUGUCUGUCUGUCUGUCUGCUUGUCUGUCUAUCACUUUCCUUGUUCACCUUGUAUUUCUUUCCUCAGUGCUGCCCGCCAGCUCUCCUCAUCCACAGGCUCGGCGAUAUACCUGCAGGUACAAACCACAGAUCGAUACACACACACACACACACAUGUUUUCGACUCUACAGGAAGGCAUGUCUAGCUGGCUGACUCACCCCUGUUUCCUCCAUGAGGGCCUCUUCUCACCAAACCCUCCGCCCUUCCCACCCUCCUUGCCGCCCUUGCCCCGACGCAUCUCAACUACAACAGAGACAAAGGCAGACAGACCGUAAAUGCCAUGUGAGGUCCGUGCUGGAUGGGAGGACGGAUGGAUGUCUACCUGGCACGAUGAGGACGUCCUUGUUCCGAAAGAGAGAGCCCUUGAUCUGUGCGGACACCAAUGCGUCAGUGACCUUGGCCGUCGGCGCCCCCACGAUCACCACAUGCUGGCCUGCAUCGUCCUGCAUGCCACACGACAGAGAUUGGCGGAUCUCGUUGCCGGGCCUCAUCUAUCGAUCCCACCUGUAUUUCGCCCACUGUCGUUUCCUUGAAUGCUUCCGCCCCACUAGCCUUCGUUCCCACAGACACAGCCAGGGGCAGCGAUGCGAUCACCUUGGCGCGCCUCGCCAGCUCUUCAGGAGCUAUGGCGCCCUCUUUGCGCGUUUCUAGCAGCUCCAACCUGCAUGCAAACAAAGAAACGCGCCACGCACAUGUGGUUGUGUGAGCGUCAUGCCUUUCCCUUCCUUCUCCCCUACCUGGCCGUGGCGUCGAGUUGCCUCUGCCUCUCGAAUCGGAAGAGCAGCGCCGCCCCCACGAGGACCCCCCCAUCCACAGCAUAGUUCUGCAGUGCUGUGUUGAUGUCCAUCUCGCCACCAAGGAGUCCCAGGGUGUUCGCAGCACCAGCCAACACACCUCCGAUGAUGCCUGCACGGAUGGAGCAAACAAACACCAUGCAGUCGCAGAUCGUACACGUGCGGGCAGAGGUUUCCUUCCGUUUCGCAUCGUUACAUACCGACGAUAUAUAUGGCGUAUCUGAGAUUGCGAAAUGGAUACGACGCUUCUUCUUUCAGUGUGGUCAGGGUGGUCUUGGACAUGGUCGCAUCAAAGGGCGCCUUCUCCUUUCCCUUGCCCUUUGUGGUGGCCGCCUUGUCGCUUGCCACGGCCGCCAACACCUUAGACUCGCCAGACAUCUGCGACGGGAUGCGAAUCGUCCGCUGCCUCUCCUGCGCAAUCUGAUUCGCCAGCCGCUUCAGCUCAGCGUCGCUGACACCCACGACGUCGAAGUCCACCGUCACCUUGUCCUGUGUGGCGAUGUUGUUAAGGCCGUUGAUGGCAACGCUCUCCGGCUUGACGCCCAGCCGCUGGGCGAUGGACGUCUGCAGCCGCCUGGCGUUGCGCUCCAGGAACUUCUCCUCAUCGAUGUACACCUGCUCUUUGGUCGAUGUGGCGGCAAGCAGACUAAGAGGAGGGCUCAGCGGAUCAUGAUGUAGCUGACGCAGCUGGAGUUGUCUGGCUGAUAAGGGCAGGGAAAGCUGAUGGACGCGACAUGGCGAUGAGAUGAAUGCAGCAUCGAUGCCUGCUGACAGGUGAAUCACAGUGAGGAAGAGGCAAGCGAAGAGGGACUGCAUUAUCGGUUCCGAAGCAGCUGCUGCAGAUCUGCUCUGUGAAGAAG